AUGUUGAACACUCUUCAGAAGCAGAGCGAGAAGCGCAAGAGUGAACCAUCUCUUCGUCUCACCAAGAAGGCUAAAAUUACCACUGGGGUCAAAGUCCAUGAUAUUGAUGAGUCUGCCGAUGAAGAUUACUUCCCACGCCCGACACAACCAUGCAAACUCUCAGGUGGCGAGGAAGACGCGGACGAAGAUGGCUAUGAGGGCAAGGACGAUACUACUCCAUUUGGUAGGAUUCACCUUGAAGGAAAAGCCAUGAGCUCAAGGCAAAAACGUUACGUUUUGGAGCUCGAGACGAACACAUCUAAUAUACAAUAUAAGACAAAGCCUACCAAGGGAAAGGGAAAGACUCAGGACAAGAACGGUAUUGCCGAGAGUUACAGAACUCGUAAAAAGAAUGAAAGAAAGUUCGAGUUCACAACACAAAAGUCUCUCUCAGGGCCCGAAGUCAACGCUCAAACCUGCAGUACAUCCACCAUGGUCCGUUUCAGCUUACUCAGCACAACCACUUGGGACGAGCCCAAGGAAGACUCUGCACAAACGUUGCAAACGCUUCAAGAACGGUUUGGCCUUCGAGAUAGCUCACAUCGAACUAUCAUCAACCACAUGCAAGUGGCCACAGAGCUUGCUCCCGGAAUUGACCUCCAACUGGGAUUGGUAUUGGAUACGGAAUGGGAGCACAUCAUCAUAGGCGCGCUUGAUGUCGGUGACCUGGACUAUGCAUUAAAGGCGUUGGAUUUGCUCAAAGAACACCAUGCCGGUCAAGUCGAAAAUUUGGAUCUUCGCCUACUCAACCACCCCUAUCCUAUGCAGGAUGUCGCUGUUUUUUCUGAACUUAGCGACAAGCUGCAAAAAGCGGGCUAUCCCAUUGGCCCAGACCGCCUGUCGUACCUCAUCGAUUCGCAUCUGCAUUCACAUACGCAUGAGCGACUGAUGAUGGACACUAUCAAAACCACACAGGAUCUUAUACAUAAACUAGAAGCCCAAGGAACCCCGCCGUCUCAAAAAGCCUAUGUAUCCAUUAUGCGUGCUUAUCUUGACGUAUCACGAGACUCCAACCUCUUGUCCGAACCUUCUGGUGCCUCACAAACCAAUCCUUCUGCUUCCAUCGCAGCAAUACAUGACCUCUUUACUCACAUGCGAUAUGCUGCACACCCGAACCCGUCCUUGGAAACGUAUAGCGUAGUUAUUGCGGCAUGCGCGCGUGGGCACCAGGUCAACCCACUUCGUGCACUUGAGCUCCUUCAAGAAAUCAAACAAGGAUUAAUAAGUGGUCGAUCGGAAUUGACUCAGCCGCAACUCGAUACUAGAUCUCUGGUCGAUUGCUACAAUGGCGCGAUCCGGGCUUGUGCACGUGCCGGGACCAGAUUUGCUGGCGAUGCCUUUCGUCUUGCCAAGGAACUUAUUCAACCAGACGGCAUCCCGGUUUCUGGGCGACAGGCGCGCUGGAUUUUGACCGAGGCUAUGAGGGCACAAUCAAGGCAAUUUGAAAACGGCUCCGAGGUUAUUUUGGAUGAAGAGAUCAUGGUCUGCGCAUUUCAAGCGUACUCGGCGUUUCGCCCUGCCUUUAAGCGGGGGAUGACCCGAAAGCGAACCGAGAAACCGGAAGACACGCCGUUGCGGGAUAAUAUGGAUGAUGUGCAGAAUCCAAUUCUCUCAGAGAUACCUGCUCCAGUAUACACUAUUCCCCAAUCCGCCCCUGAGGUUCUCAGGGAGGCCGACAUACUGUUUUCUAGGAUUCUCUCUCGACGCACUGCAUCUCCCGACCGAGUGUUGUUCACAUGUCGCUCCAAACGCAUAUACUUUGUCAAUAUUUUGGAACUUCUUGCCCGCGCUGCUGAAUCGGACCGGUCAAUCGCACUCGCGUAUGCAGAAAAGACAUGGAUAGACUGGAAAAAAUGGAUACAACGCCUUCAUGAUGGCCAGGUAGACCCAGUUCUUGCGGAAGCAACGCCACGAGCCACCGAACGAGCUUGGGCGGCAAUCAUACGGGCUUAUAGUCUGUGCGACAAUGUGGAAACUGCACUCGCGCUCCUACGCGAAUUCGUAACAAAAUAUCCUCCCGCAUCCCUCAAUGACCAAAGUCCACCCUCGUCACCUGUUCAACGGUCGCGUCUAGAAUACGCCAUCCCGGCUAAUUCAGAGAAGUCGCUUACCAGUCUCCUGGCCACACCCACACCACGUGUUGGGUUGCUGCGGCUGGUCUCAAGGCAUUCACAUCGCAAGGCCGAUAUUGCCUUCUACUAG